AUACAAGAUAUACAAAUGGGCUAAGCCCAAUACUACUAGGGUUUUCACAGUAUCAGAGCACUCCUUCCUGGCAUCCUAAUCGAUCGAUCAACAGCAUCAACGAUCUGGAGAGAUGGAAGAAGAUUGGACACCAGAUAUGGAGGCUCGCUUGGAUAAGUUCGAACUGGAGAUGAAGACGGCUAUGGCAAACAUCGCUGCUUCCAUGACCGCACAGAUGCAAAAGUGCAUCGCGGAUUCUAUGGCAGCGAUUUCAGCAUCUACCGCCGUGAAGGAACAAAGGGGAAGAUCACGAUCAUCGCAUCGUCCGGCUUCUAACAGUUCGCAGAUGCGAACGAAGUCUUCCAAGGCAUCGCGAAAUGCGCAGGGUCAGUCGCGAACUCCCUCCCUCAGUUCGCAGUCGCAGAGAUCGACGCUCACAUAUCAUUCCAGUUUACAAUCGCGAACUUCAUCUUCCCGUUCGCAGACUUCAUCUCUAGCUUCGCACAGUUCGCCGUCACCAACAACGUCAUCUUCCAGCUCAUUGCGAACUGAUUCUACUCACAGAUCUUCAUCUCCCUUGCAAUCAGCUUCACAACGAGCCAACUCUCAACAUCAACGAACAAAGGAAUCUGAGCGUCUAGCUGCGUCGGAAGGUAAAUACAAUCACUCUCGCUCUAGUAUGGGUCAGGAUAGCGGUAGAAGAGAUAUUGGCGCAGGAAGUAAGGUUGAAUUACCCUGGUUUAAUGGAGAUAAAGUAGACAAAUGGAUAGUUAAGAUGGAAGAAUACUUCCGACUCAAAUCUAUUGCGGAGGGAAGGAAAGUUGAAAUAGCAGAAGAAGCUAUGGAGGAAGAGGCGUUUGACUGGUUUGAAUGGUGGCAAAUUCAGACGAGGGAAUAUAGUUGGGAGGCUCUGAAGGAAUCCAUAACUAGGCAUUUCCAACCUACACGCAGUCGGAAGACAGAGAAUCAAUAUAUGCUAUUGCCUAGAAUUUCUCUCAGUUCACAGGUUUCUUCUCAAUCUCAAGCGCCAGCAGAUUCUCACACUUCUCAAGCGUCACCGCUCUGUUUGGAGUCUGUUAACCUGCUGCAACCUUCCUGUGGUGAUAGAAGUGUUUCGCGAGCCAGAGUAAAUGCAAAGAAGAUCAACGAGGGCAACGAUGAAGACCAGGAGAAAUCGCCAGCUGAUUCUCUUACUUGGCAAGUUUCACAGCUCAGUUUGGAAUUCGUUAAUCAGCAACGACCUAAUUCUGAAGAUAAAUUCAUUGAGGAUGAGGAAAGACCAGAGGAGAAAUCUUCUGGGGUGACUCAGUCCUGGACAGUCAUGGAAUAUAAAUCUUCUGAUCACAAGAUUGCUGGCCCAAAUAAUUCUGAAUUGGAGAACCAAGUGGUUCCUGAAAUCUAUAAAGGUGCUGAGCUGAUAAAUGCAGUCCCUGAAGGAAUUGCUAUGCCUUGGCAGCCCAACUUAAUAUCUACUACAGCAUCUAAGAAGGCCAGGAAAGAAGAGAUGAAGGUGAACAAGGAGGAAACUGAGAAAAUAGAAGAGGGUAAUGAUGGAAAGAAGCUUCAGGGAAUGAUCCGUGCAGAUACUGAUGCUACUAAGGAUUGUGGAUUAGAUCCGAGCUCUGAAUCAAACUCCAGUUAUCAGGUGGCACCAAAGAGGAAGUUAGUCGGGCAUCUUACUAUUUUGAAGAAAUCCUGUGGCUCAGGACUAACAAGGGAACCUGCACACAUGUUACAAGCUGAAGAAGGAGCUCAUGGACAAGAACAAAAGAAUGCGGUCAACUUCUAUAUCCCUUGUGCAAAGGAUGCCUCAGGUGAAGUCCAUUGGCAGAAUUUACAUAAGAGUUUGCAUCGGGUUUCAUCGGCAGUAAAUGGGAGGUAUGAGGCAUUCCAGAAAAUAGAGGAUGCUCCGAGGGCUACCAAAGUUGACAAUUCUUUUCUGGAGAAACUAGGUAUAACUGAAGGUUCUCUCUCUGAAGAUGAUGGAGAUGGAUAUGAGUAUAUCAAUGGUGGACACCUGUUGACAACCUACACUGCUAAACUUUCUUCUUCAGUUUCUACCUUGAUAGUGGCCAAUACUGAAGGAUUGUGGAAAAGGUCAAACCGCUGCUUACUUGUAAAACUAUUGGUUGGUAAAGAUGAUAUGCUUGAGUCAUUUGUUAAUAAUGGAGAGCCUUUGCAAACAGCAAUGCCAGCAGAGAAUGAGGUCUCAAGGUUGGUAAUAGCAAGUGAAGUUAGGGAAGGGCUGCAUAAGUUUGAUGGCUACAGAUUUGAGGAUGAAAUUUCUGUGAAGUAUGUCCAAAAAGGUGUGGGGGUAAGAAUUACUGGAAUUUGGAAGGAGAAGGUUGGUUAUAUUACUGAUGGACUCGUUGACAUCUUUCUGGUGAUUGAUAAUGAAUUCAAUUUAGCUAUUCCCCAGGCGGCUUUGAUCAUGGGUGAGAAUGUAAGGAGAAUGCUGAUAGAUUGUAUACUAGUUCAAAGGGAAGGUGCAGGUUUGGACCUUAGUUUUUGUAUGGCAAUUGAUGAUCCAUGGGUUCAGAUACUCAGGAAAAGAGAAGAGAAUUGGGAAUUGGGAUCUUUAGAAAAGCAAGUGGGGAAGAAUGAUCUACAGAUUGGGGAAAUUGAAGGAUCAAUCCUCACUUACUCCAAUGAAAUGAUAGUUAAGGGUGACAGUUUGAUACUUUCUUCAAUUCGGGAUUCCUCUAAUUCUAGACUGAGAGGGGCUGAGGAGUUUAAUCUUGCAUACCAGUUGGAUAAAGUCAGUGAGGGCCUGGAUUCUAUUACUCAGGCUGUUGUUUUUGAGGUCUACACCAGAGAGCAUCUCAUGGAUUUAUCCUUAAAGCCAGAAAGUGUUAGUAAUGUCAAAGUUGAUGAAAAGUGGCUGGAUGGACUGCACACUCUUUAUGGAACUGUUCAGCAAGUAGUUUACACCUAUAUUUUGCCUAUGAUGCAGCAGCAGCGAGAUUCUCACUUUUGCAGCAACAGGGAGCAUUCUGCCACCAAGAUAUUGUUUCUGCUCCUUGCAGUGAAGAACAGGAAUAUGCAGUUUCAAGUACGUGAGCUAAAUGUCCAAAAAUCCGGGAGGUAUUGGGAAGGGAGAGGUGCAAGAAUGAAGUGCAAGCGGACUCCUGUCACCCACCUUGAGGGCAAGGUGGUUGUGUAGGGGGGGAGUAAUGUUAGGCAUCAGCCUAAUCAGUAGUUUUAAAAUAAGGGGGUUAGGGGAGUUAAAUAGCUUUUAAAGUGCCUAUAGCUUAUUUAGUUGUCUAAUUAGUCCCUGCGUGGACUUUUGCUAUAAAUAGAAGCUGGGGUAGCCAUAAUAGGCAGACUGUUAUUUUGAUGCUGAGUUAUUGCCUUGUUGCCUUGAGAGUCCCGGUUGACUAAGAAGUCCCUGUAGCCUACGGUUUAUCUCCUUCCAUCAAUAAACACUCUUUCCUUAUCAUUC